CACAAGGUAUCUUACAAGACUGGGACGUUUUCCUCAGCUUUCUGUCCAUUUCGGUUACACUGUAUAAAGGAUAAUGGAGUGAGGGGUUCAUUUUUGUCUCUUAUCAUACGAUGCAUUCUAUUAAACGGGAAAAAUAAGGCGAUGUUUCUCUUUACGGUGAAGAAGCAGUUUCUUCCGGACUAUCCUAUUUCUACAGCUUUCAUUUCUGCACCGGAUAAUUUGUAUUGGAUAGCCUGCCAACCUGAUACUGCCAAUGGCUGGUUGAGCUCACCAUACUUAUACCUAACAGCCAUGGUAUACAGGGAACAAUGAUAUUUCUGUGGGUACCGUUCACCAUCUGAUUUUGCUCAAAAUGAACUUGGACUGACCUGGCAGGCACACCCACGAUAUACUUAUUAAUUUUGACAGGUUCAAGAUGUCAUCUGUGACUUUGUCCGAGGUCACCCAGAUGUCACUGAAAGAUCUGCCCAUGGAUAACUGGAUGGCCCACCUACCAGAUGCGCUGUGGGACAUCCCUUUAUCUAAUUUAUCUAUACCAGGAAGUCACAAUGCUAUAACUUACUGUUUGGAUAAAAAUGACCAUUCCCCCGUUGACCUCACACAGCCUGAUAUGCUAAAGAAACUAGACAAGUACAUGAAGCCUCUCAUAAGGCCAUUUGUGUACAAAUGGGCAAUAACACAGGAGUCCAGUGUGAGGGAGCAGUUAGACUGUGGUGUGAGAUACUGUGAUCUGAGGAUAGCGCAUCGGCCAAAUGACAGCUCCUCCGACCUCUACUUCUACCAUGGGGUUUAUACCACUAUUACCGUAGAGACAGUACUGAAGGAAAUCACAGCAUGGCUGGAUGUCCAUCCUAAAGAGAUAGUCGUCCUGUCCUUCAGCCAUUUCCUUGGUCUCAGUCAGGACCUCCAUGCGCUGCUCAUCUCCACCAUAAAGAGUGUGUUCAACUCAAGGCUGUGUCCAAAAAUGGAACUUGUCACACUGAGGAAUUUGUGGAGUUUAGGUUACCAAGUGAUUGUCUCAUACGAGCACAAUGUGGCCAAUUGCCAUAGAGAGCUGUGGUUUCAUAUACCUUACUGGUGGGCGAACAAAUGCAAAGCAGAAGAACUUAUUGAGGAGUUUGAACACAGAAAACAACUUGGCCGCCCAGGAGGGUUCUUUGUGACUGGCAUCAAUCUCACUGAAGACCUGAAGUACAUAUGUUCCCAUCCCACAGAGUCACUGAAGGACAUGGUGAUGUCCACAUACCCAACACUGCUUGACUGGGUUAGAAAGCAGAAGCCUGGCCCCAACACUGGCUCCCUCAACAUCAUAGCAGGGGACUUUGUGUCAGAGAGCCAGUUCAUACCAACUGUCAUAGCACUAAAUGAAAACUUGCUUGGUAGGAGCACACGAUGAUGAUGGUAAAGCAAUGUAUGUUUUGGUUGGCUCCACCUUCGAUGUGUCUCCCAUAAAAUGUGCUCGUUUUCUGAAAAAACCUUUAGAUGUUUUAAACUUUUUAUUAGUCAUAAUGAAUAGUUUUCAGGUUCAGAGUAGGAAAAUAUAUAGAAUUUUUAAGACACCACUAAUUAAUCAUAUUGUUGAUGAACUGUCCUCAUUCCAAUAUUUUACCUCUUGUACUUGCAAUAUUUAUUAGAGAUUUAUAUUGGCAUGUAAGGAUUUUUUUUUUACUUGAAAUGAUGGGAGUCAGUCCUAAAAGCAUCAUAAAAGACACACACUGACCCUAUUGGCAGUUGCCAUUCCAAAGCAGGAUAUAAGCAUGCUCUCUGUUAGGAGGCAGAUAGCUACUUAACGUUCCAUUUCCUGAAACAAAUACAACACUGCUCUGCCCAGGAAGGCAUAUGUGAAUGCAAUUGAAAUCUGGCCCAAAUGCAACACAAUUACUGGGUAAAACAAGCCUGUAUAAUGAUGUCAUUUUAGGUAUUGAAAUGUAUUUUGUAGAAUAUUCAAAAUACACUGGGUAAGCACAAUUUCAUGUAGGACAUAACCUUAAAAUACUCACUGAUCAUGUCAAUAAGAGGCAACUGAAGAAAAUAAAUAUGCAAAAAAAAAAAGGUAUGUAAAAUGAUUGUAAGGUAGAAUUUUUCAUUUAUAGGGUAUAUGGAAUGUUACAUGGUCAGAUUGCCAAAUGACGUCUUAUGGGAAUCUGAGCUAUGAAAAUGCCAUUUUUGUAUAGUAAUCAAGGCAACAAAGAUAUAUGUGAGGGACAAAUUAUGCUGUCAGCCAUGAAAUUGGCAGUGAUUGCCAAUUUACCGCUUUUGAGGAACUGAUGUCUAUUGUGUAUUAUUAAUAUGGUAUAAAUUUAUAGAGAAAAAGUUGAGAGCAUAAUACAUCAUACAGAAUGUACUUCAAACAGAACACCAAACUGAUAACAGCGUCACAAUUUCAAAUAUGUAUGAGGCUGAAGGUGGUCUUCACAGGAUGCCUCCACACAUUCAUUUACAAAUCAACAUAAUGUAAUUUAAUAAUUAUAAUAAAAUCUAGAUCCCAAUAUAUGGACUAACAUGCUGAGGACACAAUAACAAUAUAGCCUAUCUGUGAAUGUUAUCUUACAAUCCAAAGCAUGAAUAGUAUUUCUUUAGUGUUUGCCCCACAAAUGUUCUCUUCACAACAGACAAUGCAUGCCCUUCAGUCAUCAAAGUCAUGCACUACAAUAGCCCUUUUGGAAAACAACAAGCAUUUGAAUGAAUAAUUACACCAUACAAUACUAUAGCUAUUAGCUAUUAUACACUUUGUACACUGCUGAAUGCCUGAAAAAGGGAACCUGAACAUGUGUAAAAUUCAAUGGUAUGGAAAUAAAUAUUUUUAAAUGUUCCUCAUAUUCU